UCAGCGCCAGCUUCUUCGGUUGGCGGUGGAUCGCUGAGGAGGGCCCCAAGGAAGGGAAAGGGUACCGGAAAGGAUGUAGAGGUAUCUGAUAUAUCUUCAGACCUCAUGAUGUCUCGUCUCUCUUGUGGGCCGGUUCCCAUUCUUGCCAUCGCUCGUCCUCGGCUUCUGUUCGUCCCUAAACCUGCGACAUGGCGCACCUUCUCGAGAAUGCUCUGCUCUGGUUGGGCCUCGUGCUGGCCCUUCUCCUCUCGCAUGCCUCUGCAUCUCCCCUGAGUUUAGCGACUUCCAUCGGCAAAUCCCCCGGGCGUAAGACCUUCGAUCUCACGUUAACGUGGGAAACGCAUGCCCCCGAUGGCCGGUCGCGAGAGAUGAUUCUUGUGAACGGCCAAUUCCCCGGUCCCACCCUUGAGAUAGAUCAGGGCGACGAGGUGCUGGUUCGGGUGCACAAUCAGAUGCCAUUCAACACCACAGUGCAUUUCCACGGCAUUGAGAUGCACUUGACUCCCUGGUCGGACGGCGUGCCGGGUGUGACGCAACGCCACAUUCAGCCAGGAAGGUCAUUCAACUACGCGUGGACGGCAACGCAGUAUGGCAGCUACUGGUACCACGCCCACCAGUCUGGCCAGCUGGACGACGGCCUCUACGGGCCCAUCAUCAUCCGCCCCAGCAAGGACCUGUCAAGGCCCUUCAGCCUCAUCACCGGCGACGAAAAGACUCUCAAGGCCAUUGAGGCGGCAGCUGCAGACUCCCAGCCCCUGAUGGUGUCCGACUUCCGACACAGGCCGUCCCAGGACAUCGCUACGAUCACGAAGAACGCGGGCAUCGAGCUGCCCUGCUACGACUCGCUCUUGUUCAACGGCAAGGGUAGCGUCGACUGCUGGUCAUCGGAAUACAUCGCCUCCAUUCUCACGGAGGACCAGAAGGCGUUCCUUCAGCUGGCCAACGUGAGCAGUUUCACUGCCAAGGGCUGCCUGCCGGGCAAGGCGAUUGCCGAUGUCAUUGCUGCCGGGUACUCAACCAACCUGUCAGCGGUUCCCCCGGACAUCUUUGACGUGUGCACCCCGAGCAACGGCACCGAGGAAGUCAUCCACGUGACGAAGAAACUCGGGGAGCACGAGCAGUGGGUUGCCCUGGAGGUGAUCGGCACCUUCGGACUCGUGACCGUAUCCUUCUCGAUCGACGGAUUGUCCAUGUACGUCUAUGCCGUCGACGGCGAAUACAUCGAGCCGCAGCUCGUGCAGGUCAUCACCGUGACCAACGGCGACCGCUACUCGGUGCUUGUCCGGUUGACCGACGCGCAGCCGGGCGACUACCCCAUCCGGAUCGCCUCUACCUCCACGGCUCAGCUCAUUGCUGCAUCGGCAACGUUGUCUUACCGCGUUGAGAAGGGCGGCGAAGCCCAAAACACUUCGAGUCCCGCCCGGUACAUCCAAGACAACGGUCUCCCAACCUCCUCCUCAGUCGUCUUCUACAACCAAACCGCCCAGCGCCAGUUCAGCCCGCCCGAACCCUUCAACCCCGCCCCCGCAGACCAGACCUUCAUCCUGCACAUGAAGGUGACGGGCAACAGCUACUCCUGGGCGCUCAACAGCACCUCUCUCCCGGAAAACGUCACUGAAGACUCCUCGUCUUCCUCCUCUUCAGAGGUCAUCCUCUUCUCCCCGCAGCCCAACGUCCACAACAACUACACCAUCACAACCCUGAACAACACCUGGAUCGACCUCGUCUUCGUCACAGCCACCACGCCGGAGCCCGCCCACCCCAUCCACAAGCACGGCAACAAGAUGUGGCUGCUGGGUUCGGGCACGGGAGAGUGGACCUGGCCCAGCGUGGCCGAGGCAGCCAAGGCGUUGCCCGAGGGGACGUUCAAUUUCGUGAAUCCGCCGCGCAGGGACUCCUUCGCGACCCUCCCGGCGACGGCGCCCGGCCAGCCCACCUGGACGGCUGUGCGAUACCAUGUCACUCAGCCGGGCGCGUGGUUCAUUCAUUGCCAUAUCCAGAGUCAUCUGCUGGGGGGCAUGGCGAUGGUCAUUCAGGAUGGGGUGGAUAAGUGGCCGGUUGUGCCAGAGGAGUAUUUGACGUAUCAGUGAUGAAGGUUGGGGGACGUUCCUUAGCUUGUUUUUUUGAGCCUCUUAGCUAUAUCACUUUUCUACUAUAACGUCAAUACUGCUCUCAAUAGCGCCUCUAAUAUCAUACCUUCUUAUUAACU